CAUUGUGAGUGGCCGCUAUCCUGGAUGACAGCUAUCCGGCGCCGAAACACCGAUAGACACUCAGACGAAAGAGCCAUGGCGGCGACGGGUGGAGGGAAAAUUAGAAGCAGGAGAUAUCAUAUCGCCUCUAAACCUUACGCCAAGAGUAAACAGCAGCAGUCAGGCCUCAUUAGUCGGGUGACGGACACAGUAAAGAACAUUGUUCCCUCCUGGCUGCAGAAAUAUUUUAAGAACGGAGAUGCUCCUGAAGAAGAAGGAGCUGUACUGGGGACAGACCAGAACUGCCAGCUGCCACCGCCGCCUCCAAAUGGCAGUGAAGAGGGACCUCCUCCCCUUGAUGGACGUGACUCCCCAGAGCCAAGCACCAGUAACACAGAGCCCUCAACCAGCCGAGCAUCCCUGAACUUUCAGGAAUAUGUACUUUCUCGACCUCCUCUGAGUCGCUCUCACCUCCACUUUCCCCCUCUGGAUGCAUCUGCACCAUCCAUGGGCGCUUCCAGCAGCCUCUUCUCGCAACCCUCCACCUCCUCAGCCCCUGGACCGUUUUCCACAGGCUUCUCUUUGGUUAAAGAAAUCAAGGACAACCUCUCACAGCAUGAAGACGAUAACAUCUCCACCACUAGCGGCUUCUCCUCCCGCGCCUCUGACAAAGAUGUCCCCACUUCCAAAACGGCAUCACUUCCCCAGCUUUGGUCUCCAGAGACAGAGAGAACAAACUCUGGGCCUCAGCCUGCCCAGUCCAGUCUGAAAAAGCCUGCUUUCAAUCUGUCUGUGUUUGGAACUUCCUCCAAUUCAACAUUCAACAACACAGUCCUCAACUCCAGCCAACUUGGAGAUUCACCUUUCUACCCUGGGAAAACCACAUAUGGUGGGGCAGCUGCAGUCAGGAGUGCUCGUAGCCGUCCUGGAACACCGUACCAGGCCCCAGUGAGAAGACAGAUCAAGGCCAAGCCUGCUGGUGCUCAGCCCUGUGGGGUGACCAGCGCCACAGCCAGACGUAUCCUGCAGUCCUUGGAACGCAUGUCGAGUCCCCUGGCUGAUGCAAGGAGAAUUCCAGCGGCUGCCUCGUCCCCUGCGUCAACAUCAAUGGAUGGCACAAAUCUAGAUGUUUCACAUUUCCAGUCGAAAAAGAAGCGGAUGGAUUCCAGCCUCCCACCUGUGCAGAAGCUGGUGGUUCCUGCUGCAGCAUCAGUGUCAGGAAACCGCUCUGUGUCCUUCAGACCUACUUUGACUCCAGGAGGAGUGAACCGACCUCUGGACAGGACUCCAAGAGAGACGCCCACAAGACAAUCACCGCAACUACCUGAAGCAACCCCAGGUCCAUCUCAAAGCACAAUGGGUUCCAGUGGCCCAGCAUAUCCUCUGUCCAGCACACCUGCAGCCAGUGGUGUGAGCUCUGGAGGAGGCAAGAUGAAGAGAGAAAGGACAACUGCACGACCUUCAUCUAAACGCACUGAAGAGGAAGAGGUGGCUGAGGUACUGGACCUUCCGACCAUUUCACUUCCCAUCAGCACGUCCGCUUUGCCCACCUUCAGCUUUACCUCCCCUCUUCCACCUCUCACCACCAUCACCACCCCCAAUGCCACACAUGUGACUCCCAUGAAGGAAACAGUCACAAAUAAGGAGCCACAAAUGGCCUCAACACCUCCCUGUGUACCUUUUACAUUUUCCUCUCCUAUUGUCAAAGCAACUGCUGCUAGUCCACCUUCCUUUUCCCCAUCUGAUGGAUUCACAUUUAGUGCACCUGUAGCAAAGUUGGGUCCUUCCAUGUCAAAUGGGAAACCAGCCACUCCCAUAGCAGCAGCAGCAAAGCCAGUGACAAGCAAAAGUACAGAAGAUUUUGAAGGCCCUUUCAAACCAGCCAAGACCCUGAAGCAGGGCAGUGUGCUGGAUCUUCUCAAAGCACCUGGCUUUGCCUCUCCAGUUGCUCAGGCUUCCCCAGGCCCAGGCAACACUCUGCAGCAGACCUCCUCACAGUCCUCUGCCCCUUCAUCCUCCACCUCCACCACAACCACAUCCUCCCUGUCUUCUUCAACAGAGUUUGGUAAUAUGUUCAAAACCCCACCGGGAUGGACCUGUGAUGUCUGCCUGGUGCCGAACAAGCUGUCAGACGCCAAGUGUGUUUGCUGUAUGGCACCGCAGCCCAAUUCCACCUCAUCCAAGUCUAUGGACAGUAAAUCUUCAACAGUCACCUCAGUUGGGCUAGAGAGCAGCAGCAGCACGAACACCACCUCCACCACUACAACUACAACUGGUUUUGGCACAAUGUUCUCUAAACCUGCAGGAACUUGGGACUGUGAUACGUGUCUUGUUCUAAACAAACCCGAUGCAGUAAAGUGUGUGGCCUGCGAAACGGCCAAACCUGGCACAGGACUCAAACCCUCACUGACUCUUCCUUCUGCCUUCUCAGCUGUUAAGACUGUAUCCACCCCCACAGCCCCUAUUUCUACUGGGUUCAUCGGAUUUGGAGACAAGUUCAAAAAACCUGAGGGUGCGUGGGAGUGUGAUACAUGUAUGGUACAAAAUAAGGCAGAGGACACAAAAUGUGUGGCCUGCUCGAGCGCUAAACCAGGGGCAUCAGCAGGAGCCUCUUCAGCCAGCAGUGCCCCUGUGUUUGGGUUGGGAGACGCCUUCAAGAAGCCAGAGGGUGCCUGGGAUUGUGAUGUCUGUCUUCUACAGAAUAAGGCUGCUGAUGUGCAGUGUGUUGCCUGUCAGGCAGCCAAACCUGGAGCUAAGGUGGAGCCCAAAGCUUUUGGUUCAUCAGCUGGUGGGACUUCAGGCUUCUCUACAUUUGGUUCUUCUGCAUCUUCUUCUGGAGGCUUUAAGUUUGGCACAUCAGACAGUACCUCAGGUUCAGGAUCUGGAGGUUUCAAGUUUGGAGGCUCAUCAUCAGAGUCCUCCUCUUCAUCGUCAGGUGGAUUCAAAUUUGGAGUGCCAUUUGGAAGCUCCUCAGCAGAAACCACCUCUAAAGACACUACUGCCUCUUCGGGGUUCAAAUUCGGCAGCUCGACUGAGGGCUUUAAAUUUGGAACUUCCUCCGGUGAUGACAAAAAGUCAGGCCAGCGUGACACAGAUUCUGGGUUUACGUUCAGUGCCAGCGGUGGUAUAAUGUUUGGAACUGGAUCGGCCAAAACAGAAAGUAACACUUCUAAGGGCGGCUUCACCUUUGGACUGUCAGAACCUGAAGAGAAAGUAUCAGACAACCCCACCUCCAUCUCCAUCUCUUCUUUUGUUAGUUUCACUCCUCCUGCUUCCUCUCAAGAGAAAGUUGACAGUGUGGUAUCCUCAAAUGACACCACACCAAUAAACACCACCACGACCACUACCACUGGGUCUGUAUUUGGGAAAUUGGGCGAGACAAGUUUGGCAACCACAACACCACAAGGGGGAUCUACGUUUGGAUCCUUACAGGCAGACAAAGAGCCAGCUCCUCCCACGUUUACCUUUGGGAAGCCAGAGGAAAAGAAGGAAGCUGCUGCAUCUUCAGCUCCGUCUGCCUUUCUCUUUGGUGCUACUAGUAAAGAUGGAGAUGCUGCACCGGCCACUUCAGGAGGCUUUACCUUCGGCAAACCCAGUGCUCCAACAGAACAACCUCCACCCGUGUUCACUUUUGGAAAGCCAGCAGACAAAAGUGAAGCAUCUGCUGCGGAAGCGAAGCCCUCUUUUACCUUUGGGCAAAGUGCUACAGCAGAUUCUUCUGCUGCUUCAAAACCAGCAUUUUCUUUUAUGGCGAGUAAUCCCACCAAUGCCACCAACUCCACCACCUCAUCAUCCUCCACCCCGACCCCAAGCUUGUUUGGCACCACCACCACCGCCACCAGCAGCAGCAGCAGCAGCAGCAGCUCUACUCAGGCUCCAGCUCCUGCAGCUCCCAGCGCUUUCAUUUUCGGUCAGUCUGCCGCAACCACCAACGACGCUCCUUCAGCUAAAGCAGCCUUCAUGUUCGGCCCGAGUCAGGACAGCCAGCCACCUGCCCCAUCGGCAGCUCCUCUGAACUCGACUUCAGCUCCUACCCCAGCUCAGCCCUUCAUCUUUGGUGCUUCUGCCAGUGCUGCUACCCCUGCUGCUGCUCCAUCCUUCAGUUUUGGAGCAGCAGCACCACCUGCUGCUUCAUCUUCAUCAGCUCCAUCUGUAGCUCCCCCACCGUUUGCAUUCAGCUCGGCCCCCUCUGCUGGAUUUGGAGCCAACCAGACCCCUUCAUUCGGCUCAUCUUUUGGACCUUCUUUCACAACCACGCCUUCCCAGACCCCGGCCUUUGGUGGGAAUCCUAGCGCCACUCCUGUCUUUGGACAGCAGGCCAACUCCACCCCUGUAUUUGGAGCUACUACAAAUUCUGCACCAGGUGGAGGCUUUCAGUUUGGAGGAGUCAGUGCAUUCGGAGCCACAAACAACGCCUCGGGUGUGUUCACUUUUGGAGCAGGACCAACAGCAUCUCCUGCCCCUUCUGCUAAUCCCUCCAUCACACCCCAGUCAGGAGCAACUGGAGGUGGAUUCAACUUUGCACAACCCCCCUCAUUCAAUAUUGGGUCAACAAAAUCCUUCGCGGCCUCACCUGCUGGACAGCAAACAAUCGCUGGGCGCAAGAUCAAGACAGCAGUGCGACGAAGAAAGUAGAGCAAUGUGGACUGUUGGCUGGGCUGAUUAUUCUGAUGUUUUCACAUGUAGACUGGAGCUGUUAAUGUGUGAGACCAUCCCACAGGACUUCCCCAUGAAAAUGAAAAUAACUGACUGAACAAUUUCACUGACUUACAAAACAACAAUCAAGCAAGGAUCCCUGCUCAACAUGACAAAAAACAAGCAACACAGUCAUAUCUAUAUUUUCAACAGCGGCAGAUGUCUACUAGACUUUAGGCAUGACUUUUUGUAAUAAAAUUACAAUGGCAAAAACUGCAAAUCUGAAGAGUUGCGAGUGUACACAAAAUCUUAUUAAUUAGUAUGGGUGACUGGGUUAUGAGCUGUGAUAUGCAGAGAGGUAGUGAGAGCUGUGCGGCAAAUCUCCA